UUCCGACGUGUGACAGCGACCGGCGGCGGCGGUGGUGGUGGUGGUCGUCGUUUUCACGCGGACUCUCGUAUCAUCAUCGUCGAUCCCACCAAAUAUCUUCAUCAUCUUAAUGCCGAAUCUCCCCAAAAUAUCUUUGACCUUUCUCUCAUCCUCACACUCCAAUCAAAACCCCCCAAUUUCAUCAUCCAAAUGCAUCAUCAACCCUUUUCAUCUCAAAUUAUGAGUAUGAACCCUCAAUUUCCAGAAAACGAGCAUCUCAAUUGCCCUAGAUGCGAUUCCAGUAACACCAAAUUCUGUUAUUACAAUAACUACAAUCUCUUACAGCCUCGCCAUUUCUGUAAGAAUUGUCGACGUUAUUGGACCAAAGGCGGAACUCUCCGUAACAUCCCCGUCGGCGGCGGAACUCGUAAAAUCAACAAACGAUCUCCGAUCUCCAGCAAACGACCAGCUGAUUCUUCGCCUCCUACUUCACCGGCGACCACUCCACCGCCACCGUCAGCGUCAGGUGAAUCGGAGACGGAACGCUCGGGGAUUUUCAGUUAUGGUAAUAAUCAGAGGAAAUUGGAUGGUGGAAGUUUCAAUUUGAUGAUGAGAUCGAAUCACAGGAUGCAAUACGGGAGUUUUGUAGAUGGUUUGAGAUCGAAUUUGGGCGGUGGAUCUGAAGAGGAUGGUUUGAUCGGAACUCCGGCGAGUGACGUGUACCAGAAAAAGCAUUUGAGUUUGAACGAUGAAGGCGGAAGUGGUGGCGGAAGAGAAGAAUCGAGCGGUUGGAACGGUGGUGGGAAUGGGUGGCCGAAUCUUUCCAUUUUCACACCAGGUUCCAACCUCCAUUAGAGCUUAAUUUUUAAUAAUUUAUUAAAAAUAUAUAUAAAUCAUUAAAUAUUUUUGCUAAAUUAAUUUUGUUAUUUUAUGUACUUUUUACUUCUUAUUAUAACUGUGGGUAUCUGGAUCAGCUUAUCUGUACUGAAUAAUCUUUCGAAUGAUCACGGAUGGUUUGAAAA